CUCAAAAGACAGAGAGAUAGAGCAAAAGAAACCUUCCAUUUCAAGAAAGCAUCAUUCUUGUUUGUUUGUGUGUCCGAAAAUGGAAGAUCUCGAAGAUGAGUACAAGAAUUAUUGGGAAACCACAAUGUUCUUCCAGAAUCAAGAACUCGAAUUCGACAGUUGGCCGUUGGAAGAAGCGUUUUCGGGUUCCGGCGAUUCGAGUUCGCCGGACGGAGCAGCAACCUCUCCGGCUUCUUCAAAGAACGUUGUCUCCGAGAGGAACCGACGGCAAAAGCUUAACCAGAGACUUUUCGCUCUCCGAUCAGUCGUUCCCAACAUAACCAAGUUGGACAAGGCAUCUAUCGUCAAAGAUUCGAUUGAUUAUAUGCAAAAACUUAUUGAUCAAGAGAAAAGAUUAGAAGCAGAGAUCCAAGAGCUGGAAUCACGAUCAAUAUUGGUAGAAAAUCCUACAAGAGAUUACGAAUGUAUCAAUAAUUUCUUGGAAAAUCAGCAGCAAGAUCUCUCAGACAAUAAUGUCACGAGAUCAAAGAAGUUCAGGCAGAUGGAUUACAAUACUUCUGGAUCAUCAUCAGUUGCUAGAGUACAUAAUCAAUCCCUCAUUGAAGUUCUCGAAAUGAAGGUGACGUGGAUGGGAGAAAGGACAGUGGUGGUAUGCAUAACAUGUAGCAAGAGGAGAGAAACAAUGUUGCAGCUUUGUAAAGUGUUGGAGUCUUUGAAUCUCAACAUUGUCACUACUAACUUUUCUUCCUUCUCCACUCGUCUCUCCACUACACUCUUCCUCCAGGCGGAUGAAGAAGAAAGGAGUACAUUAGAGACAAAGAUACAAACGGCAAUCGCAGCUUAUAAUGAUCCAAGUUGUUUUAUCAACUUCUAGUUUAUUUCUUUGUACUAAAACCUGUUCUUUCAUGCAAUAAUAUUUGUGAAGAGGUAUUGUUUUGUGUGAUGGUACUAUCGUAAUGGUGUUUAUUCGAGCUUUAAUUUUACCUUCUGUUUGCCAAUGAGAAAGUUUUAGAUCAAGAAA